AUGGGCAGCAAGAAGAAGGAAAUUGCCCUGCAGGUCAACAUCAGCACCCAGGAGCUUUGGGAGGAAAUGCUCAGUUCCAAAGGACUAACUGUUGUCGACGUCUAUCAAGGCUGGUGUGGCCCCUGCAAACCGGUGGUGAGCCUCUUCCAGAAGAUGAGGAUGGAAGUUGGCUUGGACCUUCUGCACUUUGCAUUGGCAGAGGCAGACUGUCUUGAUGUCCUGGAAAAGUACCGCGGGAGGUGUGAGCCAACCUUUCUCUUUUAUGCAGGAGGAAAACUGGUGGCUGUGGUUAGAGGAGCAAACGCCCCACUGCUGCAGAAAACCAUCCUAGACCAGCUAGAGGCCGAAAGGAAGGUGUUGGCUGAAGGCGGAGAACGGAAAGUGAUUAAAGAUGAGGUGCUUUCUGAAGAGGAUGAAUGUUUUUCCCGUGAAAAGGACGAUGGUGAAGAUGAGGACGUGGUUUCAUCGGAGAAGGCCUGUACCUUGGCAAUCAUUAAACCAGAUGCAGUGGUCCACGGAAAGACUGAUGAGAUUAUUAUGAAGAUCCAGGAAGCUGGGUUUGACAUUUUAACAAGUGAAGAGAGAACCAUGACAGAGGCAGAAAUGCGACUCUUCUACCAACACAGAGUCGGAAAGGAGGCAUUUGAAAAGCUGGUACAUCACAUGUGCAGCGGACCAAGCCACCUCCUGAUCCUCACCAGGACUGAGGGCACGGAGGAUGUUAUCACUGCCUGGCGAAACUUCAUGGGACCCUGUGACCCAGACGUGGCAAGGAGGGAGCAACCUGACAGUCUCCGCGCUCAGUACGGCACAGAAAUGCCCUUCAACGCGGUCCAUGGAAGCCGGGACGGAGAAGACGCCCGCCGAGAACUGGCUUUGCUCUUCCCCGGUUUUAAGUUUUCAGACCCAGUUCCAGAAGCCCCCCUGGAUCAUGAGGAAGAAUGAGCAGUGAGCCCCACCGAGGUGCUUCCCUUCCCUGAGGAUGUGGAUUGAAUGGAUGUGCCGCCUCCAGAGCACAUGACCCAGGGUGAGGCCCCAAAAUGCAAUGUCAGUGCAUCCGGGUCUGCUGCACAGAAGGAAACUUCUAGGAUCGGAUGGCACCCUUUUGAGUGCUGAUACUUUUUUAGUUUAGGUAUCUUUCAUGAACAAUAAAAUAUAUA